AUGGAACGUUUUUGUUAUUACGUCUGUCAUGAAGAAAGUUAUUGCCAUUUUUUGAUUUUUCAGAACUUAUGUGUGAAACCGAUCGAAAAUGAAAGCGAUGAUGGCAGCGACGAGAACGUUCAAGAACCUAGUGGGACAUCGAACGGACCUGGCAACGCGAAUAAUCAUGGUCGAGGUUUGGACGAAUGUGGUAAACGUACGGACAAUUUGUGCAACCAAAUUACGGUAAGAGGUAUAUUUAACUUGCUAAUUGGGUACAGCUAUGAAGUUGGUGAUAUCCGCUCAAAUGUUUUUUGGUACCUUUAGGAUUGAAGUUAGGCUGAUUUUUGUGUUUUUGAUCUUUAUUACCUUUUUUCAGUUCCGAGGCAGCUUUCAAAGCGGACAACGAGACGGAAAAGUUUUUUAUUAUGGCGAGCACAAAUACUACCGCUAUUACAAAGACCGGUAUCGUUGUGCCAAGUACUUUCGAACCCAGCCACGUUGCAAGGGGGAAGCGAUGAUAACAGAAGUGACCGAUGGUGGAUUUCAAGCCAAACUCGUCAAACCCCAUACCUGCACUGAAUCCGACGUUCAACCUUCAAAUGACAAAAAUUUGUAA